AUGGCCUCUAGCUCUCGUCUACAAGAUGAUGUUGACCUCUCCGGGCGGGCUCCUGGCCCAGAAGAUGAUGAGCUCUAUGGCUCAGAUGCCCCUGAUAGUGGCUUAGAGCCAACUCCAGAAAUCCGCGACUCUGAAGGAGCAAAAGCUUUAUUGCCGAGUGCCGAGUUGUGGUUCCCUGAAGGGGACAUCAUCCUUCUAUGUGAAAACAUUGGUUUCCGUGUCGACAAACAGUCGCUCGUUACUCACUCUGAGAUCUUUAACGACCUUUUCGUAAACGGGGGAAUGACGGUCGACGAACGCGCCCAAGAUUGCGACCUUAUACGCCUGCCUGAUGGUUCUGCAGAAAUCUUUCACAUGCUCAAAGCAUUGCAUUAUGAGACCUACGUGAAAGAAUCUCCGGACAUUGAUGCAGAGGCCAUAUCUCAGCUGCUUCACUUGUCAAACAAGUACAUGAUGAAUGUUCUUCGCAUCGACGCCGUCGAGUGGCUCCAGGCCCGCUUUCCGAUAACACUCAAAGAGUACCAAGCGAUUCCACGAGUCGAUACCGUUUCAGAUGACUAUAAGGUAGAGAUGAUGCGGAUUCUCCAAAUUGGCGAGGAAUACCCUGUCCCGGCCAUUGUUCCCGCCGCCUACUACGCCUGCUCAUUGAUGCCCACCGAGGAUCUCUUCGACGGUGUCAGAGCCCGCAAUGGCGACAUCGUCAAGCUCUCUCCCUCUGCCCUGUGCACAACUAUGUUAUUUCGCGAAAAGAUGGCCGCUGAUAAAAUACGGGAGCUCUACCUGCGUAGCAUAUUCGAAGCCGAGUGGCUUUGUCCGCAGGAGCGCAAAACCCGUAGCGCAGAGAAGACUCGCGGAGAGUGCCUUGGGGCUGCAUGGGAAGCCGAGCGCGAUCGCUUCCAGCACUACGGGUUUGAUCUAUUCAAUCAACCAUUGAUUGACCCCUCGUCGGACAAGAAGGCAGCAAAACCUUGCGUGGAGUGUGCGGCUCGGAUAAAGGCAGAGGAGGAGCAUGUAAGGUGGUUCGUGUGGAAACAACUUCCUCAUUACUGUGGUAGAGCCAAUUGGCGCAAGAUCCAGCUACAACAAAUAGCGGCGGAUAAGGGAGAACCGAUUCCAUAG